AUGGAGGAGUUCACUGAGCAGCUAUCUUCUCAUCUGGCUGGGGCAGUCGAGGAAACAGUGCUGCAGGCACUCCAGGAUGGGGACGAAUUAGCGGUAUGCGCAGAUGAUUUUGACUUCCACAACGGCAUAAUGCCCAUGCCAGCGCUUGGUCGAAACACGGAUAUCUGCAGUACGGAGCCUGGUGCUUUCUCUGUCAGAAACAUGCAGGCUCAGCGGCUUGACAUGGGACAAGUGACAUUGACAGAGCAACCAAAUACUGCAUUGCGCUUGAGUAGUCUGGGCAAUAGACACGACAACGGCUACCAUGAUACUGCCACAAACGAAGUCCUGCCGGAAGCAAUGCAAGUCUCUGAGACUGGAGCUGCUGCAAUAAUGGGCACCGCUCAGCAAAUCAGCCCCAUGCAGCUAGAGUCAAUCUCAGAAGCGGGAAAGCUCGAAAGAAGAAAAAGAAAAUGCCUCGUUUCUGUUAUGGCAACCAGCUUGGUGGCAUUUGCUGUUGUGAUGGGGCUAAUUAUUGGUCUUGAUAAUGGCAAACAAAGCCAAUCAUCACAGAAAUACACAACUCCACAGACCCAAUCUCCUACUGCUGCUCCAACAAUUCUUGCCAACACAUGGGAUGAGCUCCCAGAUGUCACAAUCACCGCCCUUAAAGAUCCCAGUUCUCCACAAGCAAUGGCCUAUGAUUGGGUAUUGAAUGACCCCAACAGGACUUUUUAUCCUCAUUGGAAAAUGCUCCAACGUUUUGCUUUAGCUGUCUUCUAUUUUAGCACUGGAGGGGAUAACUGGAACCUCCAGGAGCACUGGCUCAGCUAUGAUUUGGAUGAAUGUUCUUGGUAUUUCAAGAAUCUAGUGGGUGGUGAACAGGACUCUUUCCUGCAUGAAGGGAGUAUUGAAACAAGCUCGGAACUUCAGUUUCUAGACUCUGCCUGCAAUGCUGAGGGCCAGUACACAUACUUUGUCUUCACAGAAAACAACUUGGAAGGAACCCUCCCACCAGAGCUUUCUCUCUUGAGCAAUUCAUUGAAGUAUCUGGAAGUUGGAUCCAACGAGAACCUUUAUGGAGUGGUCCCUUCAGAGAUUGCUUUGCUGACAAACCUGGAGAAGUUCUAUGUGAACCGAAAUAGUCAUUCAGGCCAAAUCCCAACAGAGUUGGGACAGCUCUCCAAUCUUUUUGAACUAGAGCUGGGCAAUAAUCCAUACACCGGUUCAUUGCCAAGUGAACUGGGCAAUCUACAUGCUCUCAGCCUUCUUGGUGUGGGUGCAUGCCGAAAACUAUCUGGGACACUGCCAACUGAGCUAUACAGGUUGACAAACAUGGUCAAAUUUUAUCUUCAGGGUCUGGAAGGCCUUGCCAGUGGCAGCCUCCUGCCUGAGAUUGGCCAAAUGACAAAGUUGGAGCGGUUCUUCGUCCACGAAAUCUCGUUCAAUAGUUCGAUUCCAACAGAAAUUGGUUUGCUUUCUCAUCUUUCAAAGCUCAACCUCUGGAAAUGUCACAUUACUGGAUCUCUACCCAGUGAGCUGUUCCUUUUGACAAACAUGUGGAGAAUAGAUAUUGACGAAAAUGAAAUCACAGGAACAAUUCCUACAGAGUUUGGUCUGUUUCCAAAUCUGACCAUGGCUUGGAUGAAUGGCAACAGCUUUACCGGAACACUUCCAGGCUCAAUCUUGGAGAGCUGGGGACAGCUGAAUUACUUCAAGAUAAACAACAACAAUCUGGAAGGUCCACUGCCAUCACAGCUAGGCCUUUUGACUUCCCUCGAUCUCCUUUGGGUGUCUCACAAUGAAUUUUCUGGGAGUAUUCCGUCAGAGAUAGGGCUCUUGAACAAUGUGACUGAGCUGUUUCUUCAUGAUACAAAUCUGGCUGGCAGCAUCCCUGAAACCUUGUUGGACAUGGAUGGGUUGGAGAUGCUAACAAUAUCAAACACCUCUCUCACCGGAUCGAUUCCCCAUGAUCUCUGCGGCAGUAUUUGGGACAUGUCCUACACCUGCAAUGUUUACUUUGGACUGUUCACAGUCUGCUAUGAUGUGGAAAAGGUGAACUUUACCUGCUCUUCAAAUGAUCUAUGUGGAUGUGAUGCAUGUGGGGAAUGCAACUCUACAGGUAGCUAA